CGAGUGGUUCACACACACUUUCUUUGUCUUGAAAAAAAAAAACGAUUUUUUCAGUCCAAAAUUAAGGUGGAAACACAACAAGAUAUUUUAAUUAUACUUUGUCGUUUAAUGAUUCAAAAUCACAACCACACACAGAAAGUUGAUAGAUGUAAUUUGUUCUUUUUGUUUUUCAACAAAGUAUGUAUACGUGCAGUUUUUUCUAAUAAAAAAUGAAUAAUUUAAUACGCCAAUAUCAAUUGUUUUACGAGCAAAGUUAAAACUUUUUUUUUAUUCAGAUAAAAAUUCUUUCAAAAAGAAAAAAAAGUCAUUGUUCUCAAUAAACAUUGGCUGAGUAAAAUAAAUAAAUUCAACAAUUGUACUCCAACCUGUUCAUUAAUAUACUUAAAAAUAUAAGCUCUAUACAUAAGACACAAUGAACUGAAAUUUUACACACAUGCACUCAUACAAAAAAAAAACUGAACCAUUGAAAACAAUUGGACAAAAAAAAAACAAACAAAUAGUAGUUGUGCUGAGCUCGACUGUAAUAAAAAUGAUAAAUAAUAUGAAAGGAUUCAAAUAAAUAAUAAUUAAAUUACCGCCAGUUUCAUCUUUUUGUGAGCAUUUAAAAGAGAAAACCAUCGAGCGAAAUUCAACUGAAAGUGAUUCGAAAAACAUAAACGACAUAUCACGUUAAUACGUAACAAUUGAGAAAAAAUACUUGCGAAAAUCUGAACACAACGAAUAACGAAUGUAAAAUAAAAGAGAAACAUGAAAUAGGAAAAGAAAGAUAGAGAGAGAAAGAGAGAAAUCGAGCAAGAGAAGACAAAAAUUGCACAGCAAGGACAAUUUUGCAACGUCUCAUUUCACAUACGUGCUGAAGAAUGGAAUAUAUUCUAUAUGUGAAUAGAUACAUCCAUAUAAUCUAAAUAUUUUUAGAGGACAUUUUACACAGCUCGCUCAACCCGUAUUGAAUCCAUCCGAAGAUAUCUACAGUGAUCUGAGGGGAGAAAGGACUAAGAUACUGCUGUUGCAAAUCAGAAAUCGAGCAUCCAAAAAACAUUUUAUCAUUCGCUCAUAACACAUGCAAAAGGGACCCAAAAAGAAAAGUUCGUGCAUUUUCGAAAGAAUCAAUAUUUGAAGAUAAGAACGUGGGUAGUAAUUGAAAAGUGGCCAAUAUUUGAUCUGUGGGGGUAGGAAAAAUUCAACAUUCUCGUACAUCAAUCGAGAUUGAUUAAAAUACGCAACAAAUACAAAACAAAUCGCUGUUAUUGGAUUGGCGUCUGAAAUCAGAAUAUUGAAUGAUUGAUUGAAAAGCUCAGCAUUCAUCGGCUUAACAAUUCACUGACACGACGAAUUUAUUUUCGAAUAAAAACGUGAAAACACUUACGGUAAAUACGGCUAUGCGCUUUUAUAGAUAGGAUGAGCGAACGUAAAAACGUCAUUUCUCGGCUAUAAAUUUAAAUAGAUGUUGAUUGGUUUUGAAGUUUCGAUUUGUUUGAAAUUAAAUAGAAGCGCUAAAGUCUAUGAAUGCACCGAAAAGCAAAAAACUACGUGCACAAAGGCGAUAUCAACGGUAUCAGAUUAGAAUUAUCGCUUGUGGUAUCAACAGAUUGAGGCAGCAAUUUCGUUGCCAAAUCAAAACAGUCCACGUAGGCCCAAAUCAAUUUUAUUUGGUCGAUCCGUAACAUCGAAUACCAGUCGAGCUGAGAGUGAAAACAGCUCGAGCAAAAUUCAAGCAACCGGAACCAUGCGGGAGGCUUUUAGUGCCCAAAAAAGCCUUCCAACUGGUUCCCCCCAAACGCCACGCAAACUUACUGGACAACAGUCGCUCCAUCAAUUGGAUGCACCGAAAACGAAUACUUCGAUAGCUGGGAGCUCGCCAAAAAAGGACAGCACAGAUUCAAUCGUCUCGUCCCUUCAAUUUCAAAAAUCAAAAAAGACAACGACUAAACUAGGUCACUCUCCCCAUCAUCAUCGCAAUUCAUCGCCAAAUACAAAGUACAGCUACAGUUCGGGUAGUCCUACAUUAAAAACCGAUUUGAAGACACAUCUCGAACGAGGAGAUAGCAGUUGCUUAAGUUUAACAACGACAACAUCAGCUGUGGCGUCGUCAUCUUCGACAGGAACACCACCAACAGUCUUUGCACAGCUUGCGGACACUACAGCUGACGUCGCUUUAACGAAAAUAACACCAUUGACUGGCACUACGGCUGCAUCAACGUCUUCAAUCCAUACCUUUCCAGGUGAAUUAGAGGAAUUGCAAAGUGUUUUGCAUUUUCCCGAAGAGGUUGCACUUCGCAUUACAGACGCUGAAUACCAAUUAUUUUACCAAGUACCACCAAUAGAAUACUUUAAACAUGUGAUAUUAGAACUUCAAAAUGAGAACGACGCAUCACAAAAGUCGAAACAACAGCAACAGCCAACCGCAUCGACAUCCACCUCUUCCGCACCAUCAUCGACAUCAGGUGGAACAACUGCCAACACAAAGUCAAUACCUGAUUUACAAAAGCGGUUCGAAGAGGUAUGCUCAUGGGUAUCGUAUUUGAUAAUGUCACAACCGACGCCACAAGAGCAGAAGGCAGCAUUCGGUUGUUUACUACGCGCAGCACUAUCAUGUUGGAAUAUUGGCAAUUUCAAUGGUGCAAUGGAAAUCACAACCGGUCUGAGAUCGGUUCCAUUGAAAUUACAACUCAAUACCUAUACAGAAAAAGGGAAAAUACCAGUUUUAGAUUUUUUAUCGGCUGCUCUUGAAUCUGCUGAGUAUGAACGUGCGCUCGCCAGAGGUUUGAAAAUGAACGACUGUCGUGUGAUUCCAUGCUAUAAAUUGUUUCUUAAAGAUUUGAAAGAAAUAAUGUUGACGAAACCAAUAAACUUUUCGCUAACUGCUAUCAGUUAUUGUAACGAGGCAUCUGGCGACCGUUCACCAGACAUUGAUGUGGAACAUAUCAGCAUUAAGCAUCACCAUCAUUUUCCAGUUGGUAGCACUGUGGUUGAAGCUGUUCAUCGUGGAGUACAAACUAACAUUCGCACGGAUGCACGAAGUUAUUUCUGCAAAACGUGCACAACACGCGACACUGCUGGCAGUUGUAGCUCUAUAUUAAACUCACGAUUAGUUAAUGGCCAAGUGUACAUAUCCGAUUACAAUGGAGACGAUCAUUAUUUUACAAAGAUUGGUUCGUCGGGCGUCUUAACCGCUGAUCAAAUUUUUAAAAUUCAAGCUGUUAUGGACCAUAUCGACUCUUGUCACCAACAUCAUCAUACGCUUAUGAAAAAUGGUUCAAAUAAUUUAAUCGAUUAUUUGCGAUCGGCCUCAUUAGGAAAUCGACAAAUGGCAGCCACGUCGACAUAUCAUCCCGAAUUAGAAUUGGAAGAAGAUUACGAAGUUGAAAUUGGCAAUUAUAAUCCCGUUCAACCGUUACUACACGAUCACGGAGUUUGCGCGAUUCCAAUUUCAAAUCCAGCAAUUCGAAUCGAUCAUCACAUACUGCAAAUUAUGCAUCACGGAACCACCGCUGUCAUCUGGGAACCAGACGCAACCUCAGGCCGAUCAUGUUAUGCAUUUUUUCGGCUAGAGCGAUCGUGCAGUUCGAUUACAUGGCAAAGACCAUCAUGGCAUCGUUUGAAGUCUGAACAAGAAUACGAUUUGGCCAUAAAUCCGGAAGAAUUAGUUUCGCCGAGACUUUUCCAUCAUCAUCAAACAACCACAACAAACGAAUUUGAACCACAAAAUCCAACUAUUGACGAAGGAUUCCUUGAUUUGACAAUAGCCAAAGAAGUAACAAUGGGCUCACGAAAUCACGAAUAUGAUGCUGAACUUUUGGCAGCCGGAAAACGCUUUGGAUUAACUCACAUUGAAUGCUGUGUUACCAUUCUCUAUGGCAACAGUAUUAACGAUAAUCGAAUCAUUUGUUUAAUGUGUCCACCAAUGUUGUGUCGUCUGUGGUAUGUUGGCCUGAAUUGGAUCAUUAAGGGAAUCAAGAGACAACAACGAUUGGCCGAUCGUGCGAUGCUGUGGCUGAAGGAAAAAUAUGUGCAAUUAUAUUUUGAGGAUCGUAUGUGUGUAGAACCGUUUGCAAAUGAUGCUCUUAAAUUAUUUGGUGGACGUGAUUGGACAACAAUGCAUACCACAACCACAACAAGCACAAUCAUACCAGAAACAUCGGAACCAAUCAAACGAGAAAUGUCAUUUAAAUUCAAGAAAAAGCGAUCCGUUGCCAACAUUUUGGGACAAUCAAUUGGCGCCAUAAAUUCAACAAAUGUAAUAAGUUCAGAGCCUGAUCACGAUGACGGUCAAUUUGAUCGGCGACGAAAUGAAUCUAGCGAUCAACUAUUGCAAAAGGUGACCAAUCUGCGAUUCGGUGCAAUCACAUAUGAAACACAGUUGGAUUUUCUUGAUUUCAUAGCGCUAUUCAAAUCGUUUAGUCUGCUGAUGCGAAAGGAUCUUCGGGAUUUAUUUGAUCAGCUUGCAGUCACCCGAAAGUCACAUAAAAAAUUGAAUGCGGAGAAAAGUCGAAGUGCGCCAGAGCUUUGCUGUUCUAUCGCCCAAAGGAAAAUCGGUCUACUUACACGAAAUAGUUCAUUGGAGGCAGAAAUUACGGAUAAGCAGAGUGCUCAGAAGAAAUUUUUUGAUGGAAUGUGCGCAGCUAGCAUUGUUACAAAUUGUGCUGGUAUUGAUACGUCAAAUACACAAGUGAUAACAAUGUCAACGUUGAAAAAAUUCCUCGAAACCCGACAAAUGGAAGUUAAAACGGAUGACGAGAUUCGGGCGAUUAUCAGACGCCAUGAACCAGAUCCAACGUUGCGCAUUGAAGAUUGCUUGAGCUUUGAAGGUUUUGCGCGCUAUUUGAUGGACAAAGAUAAUUAUGCAUUCAUCAACGAACGUAUAAUUCAGUCAACAUCAAACAUGGAUAGACCUUUAUCGCAAUACUAUAUUGCAUCAUCUCAUAACACUUAUCUAACAGGCCAUCAACUGAAGGGCGAAUCUUCUGCCGAAUUGUACAGUCAAGUGCUGUUGACUGGAUGUAGAUGCGUCGAGCUUGAUUGUUGGGACGGUGACGAUGGCAUUCCAGUCAUUUAUCAUGGCCAUACUUUUACAACGAAAAUAUCUUUUAAAUCAGUGGUAGAAGCGAUCAAUAGAUCUGCAUUUGUUUCAUCACCAUAUCCCGUAAUUCUUUCCAUUGAAAAUCAUUGUUCACUGCAACAACAGGCGCGCAUGGCACAUAUUUUUAUGACAACUUUUGGCGAUAAAUUGGUCAAUAAAUUCAUCUUUGACACUGAUUACUGCGAUGAACCCAUGCUACCAUCACCGAAUCAACUAAAAAAUCGGAUUUUAAUCAAAAAUAAAAAACUCAUUGUCGAAGUACCGGCUCCAAUAAGCAGUCAGCCUGGUAAUCGUAGCAAUCUACGACACCAAAUGAGCCAGCCGGGGCGCACAAGUUCAAUUAUUUCGAAUGUUAGCAGUGGAUCAGUUACAGAAGAUUUUAGCGACGAUGAAUAUGAUGACGAUGAUGAUUAUGAUAAUAUUGAUGAAAAAACGUUCCACACAAUUUUUGGGUCGGUUGACGAGCGUUCAUCCAGACAUAGUCUGUCAUCGUACUCAACACCAACACGACGCGUUGAAAUUGAUGACAAACCAAAGAAACGUAGCAGUCAAAUAUCAAGAGAACUUUCUGAUCUUGUGAAUUAUGUGCAAGCAAUCAAAUUUCGUGGCCUGAAUCCAAUCAGCCCCCAAAAUUCAGUACGAAUGCAGCAACCAAUGCCAACGAAAUUAAAUUCAAGCGGAUCAUUGGUAACGGUUGGAAGUAUUUUAAAAACGAGCAGCAUUUCGCCAUGUGCUCCUCCAAUCGGAAAUAAUCCAUUGGCCGAAAAUAUGCAGUCAAAUUCGCUGGAUUCAAGUUCAGCACAGUCAGAGACUGAAUCACAAUCGGUGUCUACGACAGCUAUAACGUCAGCAACACCAAGUGCAAGCGGAACAUCACAUCGAAAACUUCAUCAUGUGAAUGUUAAUCAUCCAUGCUAUCAAUGUUCAUCGAUCAAUGAGGCUAGCGCAAAGAAACUGUGCCGCAAACAUCCUUUGGCUCUAAUUGCUCAUACGGAAUCACAAUUAAUGCGUACAUAUCCCGCUGGCUUACGAAUUGAUUCGUCCAAUUUUAAUCCGGUAUUUUUCUGGGCAUUCGGCAUACAACUUGUUGCACUAAACUAUCAAACCGAUGACCUACCAUUAUCGAUAAAUACAGGCAUGUUCGAAGAGAAUGGCAGCUGUGGAUAUGUUCUGAAGCCAGAUGUUUUAUGGGACCAAUCACAUUUGAUGUAUCGUCGAUUUAAUCCACUGGAGAAGGAAUUUGAUGGGCUUCAUUCGUCUCAAAUUGUUAUAAAUAUUGUUUCCGGUCAGUUUGUGCAACAAACAAAUUUGCAGGCCUCAACAUAUGUCGAAGUAGAGAUGAUUGGUAUUCCAGUUGACUGUAGCAAGAAGAAAACGCGCGUGAUCAGAAGAAAUGCUCUAAAUCCCAUUUGGAAUGAUACAUUUUUCUUCAAAGUAAUGUUUCAUGACUUAGCCUUUUUAAAAUUUAGUGUUUUCGAUAAUGAUACGAAUCAUAUGGUAUCUCAACGGGUGAUACCAUUAAAGUGUCUUAGACCGGGUUAUCGGCACGUUCGGCUUCGUUCACCAAACAAUCAACCAUUGAGCAUGGCAGCUCUUUUUGUAUACUCUCGCGUCGAAGAGGAAAGCCUAGAGCGUACGUCAGACGAAACCGAUGAGUUCUGCAGCGGCAUCAGUGGCUAUAAUAAAAUUGACAAUACACACACAUCGACAGAUAUAACGAAAAGUGGUGAGAGCAGAGACGUGCUUAAUUUGGGCACACCCACGAAAGAUGCUCAGAAAAUCGCUCCAGCCACAAUGGUUAGUGCAAAUAUACCGCUCAGGCGGCGAAUGUUUUUUGUUAUGGUUUAUGGGGUAGUCACUGGGGAGCCAUUUACAAUUCUGCGUGCCACACAAGAGAGCACCACUCGCGAACUAAUCGCUCAAGCACUGCAGAAAAGCAAUCGCACCGGACAAAAUGUCAACGAUUACAUAUUAGUUGCCGAAGUUGGACGUGGAUGGAAGAAAAAAGAUCGUGAUCUUCCAGCUACGCAGCGUGUGCUUGAUAUGCAUGAGAAACCAUUGCAGGCACAGGCAAUGUGGCAAGGCGAAGGUAGAUUCAUAUUUAAGAAAAUCGGUAAUGACCCGAGCAGCCGAGCUUGGUUGACUUCAAUCAGAAGUGUGUCUGAAAGGCGAGCAAUGUUCACAAGUGGCGAAGAGAAUACAUCGGGUGCAUCGAAUGAGGCGUCCACUUCAUGGGAUGAUGAUGACACAUUUUUAGUAUGUGUAUACAAUGUAUCGCCGGACAUUCCAUAUGCAAUUCUUAAAGCACCGAUCAAUGCAACUGCUCAAGAUGUGUUAGCCCAGUCGUUAUUGAAAGCACGACGCAUGGAAGAUCCAAACUCUUUUGUACUCAUUGAAGAAUUGGAAUAUGGAUCCACCGGCACGGGAGGCAGUGGCAGUAAUACUCAACAACGUCCAUUGGCCAGCGAUGAAAUUAUUUUCUCAACACAGGCAAAUUGGAAAACCAUUGGCCGAUUCAUUUUGCAAGAAAAAUCUCAAGUGACACCGUCAAUGCGUCGACAUCGGUUGGCUAUCGAUAAAAUAAGUCGUGGUUUCAGCAUAAGUCGUGCAGCCGUAUUGAGUUCAACGUCAAAAAAUCCCAUUCAACCAGCUCUAAGUGAUCCAACGACUUCAAGGGUAAAACGUACCGAUUGCUCAUCGGCACCAUCAACAAGCACCGGACAUAUGCUGGGCAGUGGAAUUUUUCGUGCAAAAGGCAAUUCAGAUAAGGAAACAACCAGUUGCAGUCCACGUCGUCAAAAACAUCGCGAAGUGCACUCCGAAGGUGAGGCCCUUAGCGAAGACGAAACACACGAACGAGAUUUAAUGUCAACGGUGUAUCGAUUAAAGAAAAUGUCCAUAAAAAAACUGAAAGCAUGGAAAUCCUGAGUGUUAUUUAACCGUGGUCAUUAGACUAAAAUAAACCACAUUAAUGCAAAUUACAAUCAAUAAAAGCAGUAAUAAUAUGUCAUCAAAUAAAACCAAUCCUCUGGCUGUCAUAGAAAAAUGAAACAAAUAUCUAAAUAAAUUAAAAUCCCAUAAAUAUCUAAAUGUAAAGAGUAUGCUCUACAUCAUCACAUACACAAUACUGGUUCAGAGCUCCUCCUUUUAAUACGUAUCCAAUGAAUGAGAAUGCGGUGGCUAUCAAAUGAAUUUCAAUCAUUUCAGGGAAUCUGAUAAAAUCACUCAGUUUUAUAAACCAACAUAAAGCCAAAUUUAUUAAAACUGAUUGAACUCACAUACACUUAUAGAAUAACCACACAAAACAUAUUCACACGCUAAAGUACAUAAGACAUUUUCUAUUGUUUGUGUGAUUGCUAAAAAUAGAAUUGCUACAAUUGCAUGUCAGUGAUGAUGCGUAUUUUACGUAACUCUUCUACAUAGAGAACAUGUGACAUUUUAAACCCCAAUUUAAAUUAUAAACAUAUAAAUAAUUAAAAAAAUAAAUAUAUAUCAACCGUUAUCGUCAUCAUCAUUACAAACUAUACACAUAUCGCAGAGGCGAAUUUGUGGUUUUUUUAAUGCAAAAGUUUUUAUCUUAUAGAAAAUCCUUCAUUUUACGUGAAAAGUCUAGUAGUCAAAUAAAUGAAAUCUCAUUCGAAACGAGAGAAAGAUAUAAAAAAAACCUAUACAAGCAUUAAUUAUAGUAGAGAACAAGCUUUAAACAUUUAUGCGAGGAAAUUUUCAAGAGUGUUAUGCUGCAUUUCGGUCGUCUUUGUUGUUGUAUAUGAUACCGAAAUAUAAAUUUAAACGAAAUGGAAUCCUAUUGUUAAAAUUAAAAGUUCUCAAGAGCUUUCGAUUUAAAUUAGAGAAAUUUUCUUUGCUAUUGCUGUUUCACAUACACACUUAUACACACACACACACUCUCUCACACACACAUACAUUAUACUUUUAAAACGCUCCUUCUCAACGGUUAGAACAUGUUACUACAUCUUACUUACAAGAAAGAUCAACAACACAUCACAUUUAGGCCAACGCAUAAAUAAAUACAAUAAAAUCACUAAAAUGAAAACCAUUUUUUUAAAUCAAUAAAAUAUUUCAAGGUAUACUUAUCGAGAUGUAUCAAACUGAAGACAAAAAUAUAGACAAAUGUUUAAUAAUACUUUUGCGAUUGCAAAAUGUUACAUACAAAAUACAAUUUUGAAAAUAUUAAACUUGUGUCAAACCUAAUGAAUGGAUAUAAAUUAAACGAAAGAUGAUAGAAUAAUUGAAAGUAUCACACAUUUUUAAUGCAAUGAACGAAAAAAAUAAGUAAGCUAGAGCUCUUUGUCACUAUCUUAAACAUCAGUCACCACCAUAAUUCAUUCACGUCACUUUUAAUUUGUUAUGUAUCAGCUCCUCACAUCAUUCAUCUAUACUCUCUGACUUUUCGUGUAAUUGAAAAUUAUGUAGCUAAAUUUUAUCACACAUUUAUCCUUCACACUUUUCGUACCAUUCAUGAAACAGUAAAUAAGGUGUCACUCUAUUGAAAGUGUUCAUUUUAAUGAGCCAUUCGUGCGCUAUAAAAAAAUUGAUUGAUUGAUACGUGAACCAUCAAUUUCAAUUUUACUUGAUACUUUCGAACGAUAUUUGCAUUGAAAACGCUUCCUUUACAUUUCUUCGUUUGGGAAUAGCACAAUCCAAAUAAAGAGUUCAACUACAUUUAUUUUUCAUACUUGAAAAAUCGUUUCAAAACAUAUAUUUCACAUGUAUUUUAAAUAAAGAUAUUUUAUUGAAUAAAUUUCUAGAAAACGAGCCCACAGACAGAAAAGAAAAAAAACCACAAAGUCAAUCCAAAAUCUGGAGUGAAUAGAAAUGGAAUUAUUCACUUGCUGAAAAAUAACGAAUAAAACAAAAUAAUAUUUUUAAAACCAAAUUUAUUUAUUAUAUUGCAUAUUUCUAUGACGGAAACAAAGAUCCAUAAAAAGAAAACUGUGUAAAAGUCGGGGAUUGUUCUUCUGAGGAAGAGGAACGGCGAGGAGCAGGUGAACACUCCUCAAGUGAAAAGAAAAAUAUUCUGCACUGGGAAAGAUUUAUUUUGUGAUGAUCAAAAAAUCCUCAUCCUUACCAUUAAUCCUCCUCAGACGAACAAUCCACGGUAAAAAUCGAAAUAAAUGAAGUUAGAGACAGUUUCGAAAUAUUUCUUAAACGUUAAACUCCCAAAUUAACUGGCUCAAACACAUUUUUUUAUGUACUAAAACAAAACAUUAUUUUUGCAUUUUUCUUGGAUAAUUUCUUCAUUGGUUUCGCAAGUGUAUGGCGUACGUUAUGUAAUUCAAAUACUUUAAAAUAAUGCUGCGUUAUUUUAUAUAUGAAUUUUGCCUUACACUUAUAACUAUUAUUAGAUGCUAACUAUUAUUAAUAUGGUAUAAAUCUGUACUUUCUCUUUCUUUCUUUUUGUUUAUUUCAAAGAAUCGGAAUUGAUUGGGCAAAUGUUACAUACUUUAAACCAAACACGAAUAACAUAAAUGAAAUAAAAAAACUCCUCUAAACAAACUGAAGAAUAGUUCGGAUAAAAUUGUCCAUUUAUCGAAUGCGAAGCUACAAAAAAUUUUGUUAUUUUAUUUACAUAUUGUUUAGAUCAUUUUUAUUUGUUACACUUUGAUCAAAGUCAAUACUUAUAUGAAAAAUGAAAAGUCUUUUCUUUAAACUUCUAUUUAUUACACUAUCUUAAGAACGACCAAGAGAGAUAAGAAUCUAAAUUAUAGAAAAUAAAUUAAAACUGAACAUUAUGACAAACAAAAAAACUCAUG